AUGUUAACUCGAAGACGUGAUGAAAAUUCAGACACCAACAUCGGAUCGCCUAAAAGGCUUCGUGUUGUGGAAUCCGAGCAAGAUGCUCAAUACAAUACAUAUUGCUCUACAUUGUCAUCUACAAAUACCUUUUCUAUUCCACCAAUCUCUUCAGUUGAUGACUCUAAGUUCGUAAAUCAAGAGUUUUCGACUGAUCUUGUAGAACGAUCUAAUUUAUCCAUAACUCAUGGCCAAGAAGAACAACCUAUUUUGAACAAAGAAGCUACUUUAGCUACUCAGGAAAUACAUGAAUUGAAUAAAUUAAAGACUUUGACUCAUAAUGAACAUAACAAUACUAUUAAUCUAACAACAGUCGUCAAUGGUUCCGCUGAUGGAGAACAUGCGUCAACAUCAACUAUACAUUCUUUAAAUGGUGAUAAUAGACGAAAACUAUCUAAAUCAGAUGAUGAAGAUGGAGAGGAUGACGAUUAUGACGAUGAAGAUGAUGACGAUGAAAGCUGGAGAGAGGAAGACCAUCUUGAUGAAGCAAUUAGUGACGAUACCUCAUCCCUUGACGAAAUAAUUGAUAAUAUAAAUCAUAGGACAGAUGAUGAAGAAGAGCCAACCCCUCCUGAGAUCGAAGGCACUCACAAAUUUGUUCAAGAAUUUUUCUUUGAAAAACGAGUGCCGAUUAGGAAGCUUUUCUCUGCUUUUGAUUACCAAGUGCCAUCAAAAAUAACAGGUCUAUCCGAUACGCAAUUACUACCCAUACUUCACAAAGUAAUUACGAAAUAUCUUCGGCAGCGGCAAAAACUAGCAGAUGUCAAUACGUCAGAUGAUGUUGUAAGGCUUUUGCAACAAUCAAAGAAUAUCAUGGUUUUAACAGAACUGGCUUAUCAGGUAUCCGUAUCAUGUGGCAUACCAGACUUUCGUUCUGAGAAUGGAAUUUACUCUCGGUUGUCAGAAUUUAAUUUAGAUGAUCCGCAGGAUAUGUUUGAUAUAAAUUACUUCAAAGACUGCCCGGAAGUUUUUUACUCUUUUGCAAAGGAAAUAUUCCCGAGCAAUUUUAAACCGUCAUCAUCACAUUGCUUUGUAAAACUUUUAGAAGAUAAAGGUAAACUGUUGAGAAAUUAUACGCAAAAUAUCGACACUUUGGAACAAGCUGCUGGAAUAAAAAAAGUUUUAGAAUGCCAUGGAUCUUUUGCCACUGCAAGUUGUAUUAACUGCGGUUAUAAAGUCGAUGGAGAGGUAAUCAAAGAAGACAUCCUGGCAAAACGAGUACCUUAUUGUUCUCGAUGUCGCUUAACAAGUAACGACGAGGAUAUCGAAAACUCUGGUUCUAUUAUGAAACCAGAUAUUGUUUUCUUUGGCGAGAAACUGCCACCUGAAUUCGAUGAACUUUUUCCCGAGGACCGUGAAAAAGUUGACUUGUUAAUAGUGAUGGGUAGCAGCUUAAAAGUUGCCCCUGUUAGUGAGAUAAUGGGUCAAAUACCUCAUAGAGUUCCUCAAAUAGUUAUUAAUCGUACCCCAAUUAAACAUAUGCACUUUGAUGUGCAAUUACUCGGUGAUUGUGAUAUAAUCAUCUCUGAACUUUGUCGUUUACUUGACUGGGAGAUUAUUCACGAAAAAUUACCAGGAGGAUCAUCAAAGACAGCUCCCGCGACAUCAUAUCAAUUUGUUGAGCCGAAUAUUUAUUUGUUUGAAGGUGCUGUGGUGAAACCAGGUGAACUAGUCGAUGGAGAUAAUGGCGGUGGUAAUAACAACGAAAAAAAUGUUACGGCGGAAGUUGAUUAUGAUGAUGACCAAGUGGUAGAUGUUGUCGGCCAAACUGUAGUAGAAGUUGAUAGUUUUAAGAAUAACAAGACAGAGGAUUAA